GGCCGGCCUCGCUCGGCAGACCGGGCCAGACACACACAGCAUACAGACGAACAGCGAGAGAGAGAGAGAGCUGGGAGGUGAAGCAGAGGAGAAGAGUGGUGUAAUUUUGCAUCAACAGAAGAGUUAUAGUGGAGAGAAGAAGAGGAAACAAAGCCGCUGAGAUGACGGCGCCAUACGUGGCCACGGUGACAAAGCAGCCGGCGGGGCCGGCGGGGAGGUCCCGAAUGCAGCGGACCCUGCUGAUGGUGGCCCUGCUGCUACCCCUCCUGCUGGCCAUCGCGCUGCUGGCCUGGAUGGCCGUGCCCAAGGCGGGCGAGGGCACCGGCAGGGCCGACUGGAUGGACCGCAUGUUCGGCAAGGAGGAGCACGGAGCCGGCGUCAUCCGGAUCGACGGUGACGAGGAUGUCUGUUCACUGCCCCGUGACAUCGGCCCGUGCCGGGGCGCCAUGCCACGCUACUUCUUCAGCACCCAGACGGGCGCGUGCGAGACGUUCCUCUACGGAGGUUGCCAUGGCAACGGCAACAACUUCGAGACGCUGGACGAGUGCACCGGUCGCUGCGGAGGCCCGGCCGCUGGAGCCGGGGAGAGACAGACGGAACAGAGAGUUGAGUGCUCUCUUCCGAAGACGAUCGGCCCGUGUCGCGGAGCUAUGCCGCGGUUCUUCUACAGCACAGAGAGCGGCGCCUGCCAGUCCUUCCUCUACGGUGGAUGUAAGGGGAACGCCAACAACUUUGAGACAAUCGAGGAGUGCACAGACCGCUGCGGAGGCCCGGCAGAGAGCUCCAGCGAACGCCAGCUCGCACAGCGAGUUGCCUGUUCUCUGCCCAAAACCAUCGGACCGUGCCGAGGAGGCAAACCACGGUACUUCUUCAACACAGAGAGUGCCGCAUGCGAGUUCUUCCUGUACGGCGGGUGCCAGGGCAAUGCCAACAACUUUGAGACGAUGGAAGAGUGCAACUCUCACUGCGGAGUUGAAGAGAGCAGCCCAGAUAAGGAUGACCGUGAGUAA